AUCUGACGUUUGAUUCUAAAACAUUCUGCUGUUUCCUAUAAUGUUAUACUGUAAGCUAAGCAUUUAUCUCAAGUUUGUGUUAGUACAAAUAUUUAUAACAGAUUGAUAAUGUAAAAUGUGAUUAUACCCAUGAUGAUGGACCAGUGACAACAUAGAGAGUAACAGAAAUGUUGAUUUGGUUCAAGAGAAGAAUAAUAACGUUAAAAUGUUAAUGAAAAUUAUUAUUUUAGCGUUUUGUUCGUUAUUUAUACACGUUUCAUCCACGCAUAUAAAGGGAGAAUUUACGACAGAUACAUUCUUUAAAUUUUUAGUAAAAUUUGGAUUUCAGAAGACAGAUCUCCAUUUCCAUAAGGAAACAUAUGGUUACAUUUUCGGUAACUUGACUUCAAAAGAGACAUUUAAAUAUCCUAUUACGUUUGCGGUGUUAGAUCGACCGCAUUUUUUGCAUUAUUACAAAAGUCGAGACAUUUUUGAUAAAGAAGUAGCAUGUCAGGUUAUGUUUCAACAUUUAAAUGGUUCAGCAUACCAUCCAAAGUGCAAUGCAUUAGGUCAGGACUUAUUUCGAAGGAUACCAUGUCCAAUAGGCAAACUAUGCGUUGAUGAGGAUACACCAUGGAAUGUCAUUAAAAACAACCAAUUUACUUAUGUCAUACAAAAUAACGGGCAACCAAGAUAUUGGUAUGUGUCGAUAGUAUCUUGUUAUUUGGAUGAAGAAACGUGUUCCUGGCAUCAUUACUCUGGAGCUCCGUCAAAGGACAACACAACUCUCACAGAUAUCCCACAAACUCUAGAAUAUGAUUUCUGGCUUGUUAACGGAAGCCCGAAUCUGUCAAUUUAUAAUUCUAUGUUAUAUCAGUUUUCAUUUGACAGACAGAAUACUUUAGAAUUAUAUUUAAUGUUCUGGCUCUGCUAUAUCAUUUUAUUACCCGUUCAGAUAUAUGCUGUGAGAACUCAGAGACAUCCUGUUACUAAAUUAUUUACAUCAAGCUUGGUGUUAGAGUUCAUAGCUCUGUGUUUUAAUGUACUUCACACAGUGAAAUUUGCUGCGGAUGGUGAAGGCUUUGAAGGCCUGUCUGUCGCUGGUGAUAUUCUCGAUAUACUGAGUAGGACACUGUUUAUGCUACUCCUGCUUUUAUUGGCAAAAGGUUGGGCUGUGACACGACUUGAACUGACAUACAAACCAUUGGUAUUUGGAGUGUGGUUAGUAUAUGGUGUAGUCCAUAUACUGUUGUAUGUUUGGAACACUACUGAAGUGGAUAUUAUAGAAGAGAUAGAUGAAUACCAAACAUGGCCGGGAUGGCUUGUCUUAACUCUGAGAGUUGUUAUAAUGUCAUGGUUUGUGCUUGAGCUGCGCAACACUAUGAUGUAUGAACACAAUAUGCCGAAACUUAACUUCCUCCUGCACUUUGGUGCAUCAAGUCUUGUGUGGUUCGUCUACUUACCAAUUAUAGCACUAAUUGCCCUACAAAUAAGUCCUUUGUGGAGAUUUAAAUUUCUUCUAGGUAUAACUUACUCAGCAGACUGUUUGGCGUUCUGUGUGAUGGCUCACCUCUUGUGGCCAACACGCUCCGAACAGUACUUAUUGCUCACACCUUCUGACUAUACAGCCGGAAUUGAAGAAUUGGAUGAGUUCAGUGAAUCCCCACAUGUGGUACACAGUGACACAGUUGCUUUAACAACCGCUGAGAGUGUUAAUGCUGAUGAAGAAGAAGUUAUAUUUACAAGACCUCAUAAAAACGGGGUUAUCUUCUCAUAGCAACAUAAUUUGCUAUAGAGUAUGAAGAAAGGACCCUAUAAGUUCGAUCUUCGGCGCACAAGUUGAACUAUAAUGUAUGACGUAUUCCCAGAUACACAAAAUCUGAAUGACAUUUUGGGCGUCUUAAAGUAUUAAAAAAAUUAAGACAUGAUUAUAACAAUCUUCAUAUAUAUUUUGUUAUUUUGAAUUUAUAUUAUUCUCACCCAUGAAAUUGUUUUCAUCACUAUUAUUGGCAUGAUUUUUGCUUUCUAUAAUUGGCAUGAAGCCAAAUAUUUUUCAAAGGUUACUGGAUUACGACCUCAGAGCUAUGAAUUUGAAGCAGACUUUCAAUAUAAUUACCUGGAUAGCUCCUGUCAGAAUCACCCCCGACUCACGAGAAUAAUAAAUUUGUUCACUUUUUUAAUUCAACUUACUAGUUACAAGUAUUUCAACUUGCCCGCCGAGGAUUCAUAUAGGUAUUAGGUACCUAGGUACUUUGUGAAAUGUCAAUGUCAUUUUGACCAGCGAAUAUUGUACGGAUUUUACGGUUUUAAUAUGAGUAAUUAAAGUUUUAUAGAUGUUUGUAAAAUUUGUAAGAUUUUAUUAAAAAAGAUAAGGAUAUGCUAGAAUAACGUGACAAAUCACAUUGCUUCAUUGUCAUUUAAAAUACAUUUUUUUUUUAUCGAAAAAGUCAUCUCCUAUUUCUUAUUGUUCACAUUACUUUAUUUGAAUAAUGAAUAUUUCAAGCUCUUAUAAGGAAAUUUUUGGAAUUCAUCAUGUAUGAAUCCCCUAUGAUGGUCAGGAUAUCGUUUCAAGUAGGUAUUGAAUAUUAUUUUAAGUGAUCAAAAAACACGUAACAUUUUUUAAUAUAUAAUAAAAUCUCAAUGUUCCAUAGCAUGCCUUCAAUGAUAAUUUAAGUGAAAUUUAAAACUAAUUAAAAUGCAUAAGUUUAGAUACUUCACACACCAAUUAAAUAAAAAUUUGAAUAUUAUUUUAUUUUAAAUACAUUUCUCAUAUGAAACUGAUAUGUCAUAUUUUUAUAUAUCAUUACUAUGCACGUGUUUAGGUUCCAUAAUAAUAAUUAAUAUAUGUGGCACGGUAUUUGUAAAUUAUAGAGCUUAAAAAUAUUAAGUGCCAACACUUACAAUUAGACAUCAGUUUAUCUAAAAAGCUUUAUUAAGAUUAUUAUUUUUAGUAAUACAAAUAAAUCCUCAAUACAGUUUUGAUUAUGAGAAUGUUUAUUUAAAUGAUGAAGUGGAGAAUAUCAUGAAUCUGCCGUUGAAAUGUUUUAUAUAACAAAGAGUAAUAUUAUGGAAUGAUAAGUGAAUGUUGUAUUUGUGAGAAUGUUGUGUAAGUAAAUUUAGUAUACAUUAAUUUGUAUGUAUUUAAUAGUUGUACUUGUGUGGUGUAAACAUAUUUCUUCAAAGGAAUGAAAAAGUUAUUGGGCUAUUGUGAAGAUAUUGAAAGAAUAUGUAUUUAAUGAAAUGAAGAUUACAUUUUACAAGAAGAGGAUAAAUUUCUAAGAUUUAAGAUUUUUUUUUUACUCUCCGAUGCCUUUUUAAGUAGUAUGCAUUGAUUAAAAAAAAAGUAGAACUUUAUUUAAAUUUAAUUAAAAUAUUCAUAGCAUGUAGUCAAAAUGAGAGUUAAUUUAAUAGUUGUCAUCAUUUCAUUAGUCAUUACGAUUUUUUUUUUAAGUUGCUAUGAUGUUUCAGGUAUAUUUGAAUUAUGUCGAAUGCUUCCUUACCCUGAAUUAUAAAUGACUCUAUCUGUGAAUUGCAUAAGGAUUUUAUGUUUGUUUUGUUGUAUUCGCGUUAAAAAAAUAUGAAGUACAAUUAGUCUGAUAUGACCACGACAAUUUUUAUUUUUUAUUAUACUUAUUUAAAACAAUGAAUUGCACAAUAUAUUUUGUGGAUAAAAUUGCCCUUCAUAUAUAUAUAUUACUAACCGAACUAAGUUGAUUUUUUAAAAAUAUCAAAUCAAAUUUUUGAAGCUGAUUUAAAAAAAAAUUGUCCACCUAUAUAUGUCAUUUUGAAGGUUAUCCUUACAAAGUUAUGUACAAAAUUUAAUUGUUAUGUCAAUAACUUUGAAAAUGUCAAUUCUUAAAAGAAAUAAAUUAGUAUUAUAUAGCAAAUAGCUAUAUCCGUUAUAAAAUAGAUUUCGAAUUUUACUUUCGAACACAACAUCGUUUUGUGAUAUAAUUUAGAAGCAUAAGAUAAUAGCGUAAGCAAAAUACAUAUAUUUUUAUUUAGUAAAUUUCUACUAAUCGCCUCUUAUGUCGUGUUAAAUACAUAAAUAUCUAGUCUGUAAAUGGUAUAAUAUGUUGUCAUGUGCUAUUAUUGUCCAUCGAUCAAUGAAUGCAAAUAAAAAAGUGUAAAAAAAGUUU